UUCUCACUCUUGUCUCGUGCGAGAGACCAGCAGGCGGCUCUGAGCUCGCGCUUGCCUGCUGCCCCGGUUGUCAAUGCGCUUCUGUUUAGUGAGACUCGUCUCUCGUCGCGGCUGGACUGCUCAUUUAACUGUCGGAACCGAGCUUUUUUUUUUUUAUUUUAUUUUAAGGAUUUGUUUUUUCUUGUCAUUUUCGGAACUCAGAAACUUCUCGCCAGCGCCGUAAACUCAAGGUGACCCUGUCCGACUCCACAGAGUGACACUGGACUGAUUGACUGACACAAUAAGAGGGUGGAAGAGAAAACAGAGAAAGAAAAUAACAUUUGCAGAGGAGCCAGAAUCAGAAAAAAAGCACAUGAGGAGCAAGAACAGGCCGUCACCAACAUCCUGACGAGCAACCUUGCACAUCACCACACGCCCAACAAGUCCAGAAGUGGGCGUCAAGCAAGCAGGAAGGAAACAAGUGACCCCUUCCUCCUGCAGGCAUGAGGUCCUUUCGUUCCUUUAGCAACGAUGACCGCCACGUCAUGGCGAAGCACUCCACCAUCUACCCCUCCUCGCAGGAGCUGGAGGCCGUACAAACGCUGGUAUCCACGGUCGAGUGCGCCCUCAAACACGUCUCUGAUUGGCUGGAUCAGAGCAGCGGAAACGCUCACAACAACGUCGACAGUGAAGCAGCAGACAGACCAGAGGAGGAUGACCCUGGUGAUGAGCCCAGCGAAGAAGCUGAAGAAUCUGGCUGCAACAGGGAUUCCAGCAUUGGUGGCGUGCUUUGUGGAGUGAUCAGGGUCGGACUAGUAGCCAAAGGACUCCUGAUCAAAGGCGACAUGGAGCUGGAGCUGGUGCUGAUGUGCAGAGACAAACCCACACAGACACUGCUGGACACUGUCUGUUGCAAUUUACCCACACAGAUCCAGAAGCAGACAGAAGAGAAAUACGAGGUCACAAGCUCCUUGCCAGAGGCAGCCAUCCUGGUCCAAACCACAGCAGAGCCCAAGCUCACACUGAAGAUUACCCUCACCUCACCAGCAAUGAGGGAAGAUGAAGAUCUAGAAGAGGAGUAUGAGGAGGAGUUAGAGACACAAGAGAAUGGGGAGGAAAGAGAAGAGGUGGAGGAGGAAGUGAGGGAAGAAGAGGAGGAGCAGGGAAAAGAAAAUGGUCAAGUGUUGGGUGCUGCUGCGCAGAGAGUGGAGGCUGAGGAGGAGGGGGAGGUGCUGGAUAGACACAGAUGUCUGUUGGCCCUGGCAGCGCUGCGACACGCCAAAUGGUUUCAGGCUCGGGUGAACGGACUUAAGUCCUGUGUUAUCGUUCUCAGGAUACUUAGAGACAUGUGCAACAGACACCCUGUUUGGGAACCUCUCAAGGGAUGGCCAUUAGAACUCAUAUGUGAGAAGGCCAUUGCUACCUGUAACAGACCUCUCGGGGCAGGAGAAGCUCUGCGUCGAGUCAUGGAAUGUUUCGCUUCAGGCAUUCUCCUCCCAGGUGGUCCGGGUUUACAUGACCCCUGUGAGAAAGAGCCCACAGAUACCCUCACCGACAUGACCGACCAGCAGGCUGAGGCUAUCACCUAUGCAGCACAGCAUGCUCUCAGACUCAUGGCAUUUGGGCAGAUCUACAAGGUGUUAGAGAUGGAGCCUCUUCCCUCAAAUAAACCAUCACAGAAAUACCCAUGGUCUGAUAAAGAAGGUUUAGGCCUGAAGAGGCCAUACGAGGAUGGGAUGAUGGAUGACAAAGACCUCAUAAAAAAGAUGAAGAGAAAUCUCAGAAAAGUCCUCGACAAUAAAGCCAUAGACUCCAAUCAGCCAAUGAAUGCCCUGAUGCGUCUGAACCAGAUCCGACCAGGCCUGCAGUAUCGCCUGCUCUCCCAGUCUGGGCCAGUACACGCUCCAGUCUUCACCAUGUCUGUGGACCUGGACGGCACCGUUUAUGAAGCAUCUGGAUCCUCAAAGAAGACAGCCAAGCUCCAUGUUGCUGUCAAGGUUCUCCAGGCGAUGGGUUACCCAACAGGUUUCGACUCAGAUCUGGACCCCAUGAGCUCAGAUGAGAAGUCGGACAGCGAGGGGAAGAGUGAGACGUCUUCACACUCCAGCAAUAACCCAACUCAUUCGUCAGAUGGUUCAAACACACUGGAGGUGCGAACUCAGGGCCCCAUACUGACGGCGAGUGGGAAGAAUCCCGUCAUGGAGUUGAAUGAGAAGAGACGGGGCCUCAAAUACGAGCUCAUCUCCGAGAGCGGAGGCAGCCACGACAAACGCUUUGUCAUGGAGGUGGAGGUCGAUGGGCAGAAGUUUCGUGGGGCAGGCCCCAACAAAAAGGUAGCAAAGGCCAGCGCUGCUCUAGCUGCUCUGGAAAAACUCUUCUCUGGUCCCAACGCAGCUGCAAACAAGAAGAAAAAGAUCUUGCCUCAGACUAAAGGAGCUCUGGCUGCAGCGGCGGCAGCCUCAGCAGUCGCAGCACAGGUCGCAAGAGGAAGAGGAAGAGCAGCACUCGCAAGAGGAGCCUUCGUCAGUGCUGCUGCACCUGGAUACAUCACGCCAGGUUUCGGUACACCGUACGGCUACAGCCCAGCUGCAGCAGCCGCUCCUGCAUACGGUUUGCCCAAGAGAAUGCUUCUGUUGCCUGUCAUGAAAGUGCCCGCCUACCCCGUCCCCCACUACCACUUCUUUUAGCACAGGAGACACACAAGCCCGAACCCAACCUGCUGUUUUAUGUUAUUUUAUUUUUCUACAACGGAAUCUGUUUGUUUUUGUACUUU